AUGUCGAAGCGCACAACCUUUACGACGAUAACCCCGCUGCCAGCCGGGGUAUCGAGAGAAACGGCCAUGGCCACCCUUCACGAUCAUCUCGAAAUGAUCGAUCUCAACCCAGCCCAUACCUCGCGCGUCCAAAUAAAGCCUCCACCUGAAUCUACACCUGAAGAGUACCAUUGCACCUGGUACGAGAUCACCGAUAAGAUAUCAUAUUUUCCCGGCUACAAGGGCAAAGUCUCAUUUAAAGCAUGUUUUCACGACCUGCCUUAUGGAUUACAAACACAUUGUUAUGCGCCGAUGGGAUUGGACAUCAAAGAGAAAUGGACAUUGGGAGGAAAUGAACCACACGAGCCUAUUCAACCAGUCGAACUGGGUAUCGGCGCACCUAUAUCUGGUCUUUACAUUCGCGAAGACGUCGAAAUGAAGUGCAACUUCUUGAUGACAAGAUUCGUCCGCAAGACAUUGAAGGAUUGUCUCUCAACACUAGUCGCGCGGUUGGUCGUCAAAACACAACUCCAAGAGGCCGCCGAAAAGAACAAACGUCUUACGCAAAGUACAAAUCAAUCAUACUCGCAACACUCCUACUCAAACCAAUCCGUCUCAUCAGGACCGCACUCUCCACCAAACUCCCCACCUCUCUCCCCUCCAACAAUGCACCUCCAGCCUCUCCGCCUAAGCCAUCAAAGCGGUGUAAGCCAGUUCAGCCAACAGCAAUACCCCGGAUCUCCACCUCCAUCCGCGGGUUUUCCAGUCUCUCCACCACCGUCCGGUACCUUUCCAAAGCAUCCAUACGAUCCAUCUGCCUAUGGUGCGGUACAUCAUCAUCAACAUCCCGCCCUACAAUGUCCGCCACAAUGGUCACCGCAGACGUCGCAGAUGUCAUAUAAACACGAACAGCAACAACACCAGCCACUACCGCAGUACGACGAGAAACCGACGUACAGCGAGAUGGAUUCGAAUCAGAAAGCGAGGCCGGAUGGGGCGUUUGAGUUGCCUUGA